CAAGGCAGUGUCGGCGCGGCGCCCUGUGAGGUUGGUCGUGUGCUGGUGCGCGAUACCAACUGACCGAGUGUGUGAGUGAACCAGUGAGCCAGUGACGGUGAGUGCGUGGACCUCUCUCAUCACCACCACCACCACCACCACCAGUGACGCCAUCGUGACGCAGCAAGAGUUAACACAGCACCACCAUCACCACCACGUGUUAUCUUGCCCAAGAGGAAAAUAGAAAAGUUUGAAAAGGUGAUAAAAAGUCCAAAUAAACAGGGAUUUGUAAGGUCAAGGGCACAGGGCGGCGAGGUGUUGGUAUCCCCCUGAGUGUCCGUGAGUCCGUGUGUCCCUCAGUGGUUUGGAUCGGCUAGACACUUAACACCUGUGCUAAUUGGCGAGCUCUCCUGUAUCUGCCGGUGAUCACAUCCACAGACAUGAGACGAGAGGGAGGGAGGAGGAAGAGAAGGAGGUGAAGCAACACCGACAAGAGGCAAAAGGAGUGGAGAAGGAGGAAGAAGAGAUAGGAGGAGGAGGAGGAGGAGGAGGAGGAGGAAGAGGAGGAGGACGAGGGAGAAGGGAGGAGAAGAGAGGAGAAAGGAGAGAGGGCCAGUUUGGAGGAAAGCAAAAUAUUUCUUCCCAGCUUGAAGCAGGCGCCGUCUUGCCGCCGCGAGAACACUGGUGCCCUUCAGGUUCCUCUCCUCCUGGCGGGUCCUGGAGACUGGGCCCUUGAGUACACGCCCCCUGUAGCCCCAGAAGGCCCUUGGGUUCUAUUUAAACGCUGCUCAAGUGUCCCCGGAAGACAAUGGCGGCAGUGAGAGGUCCGGCGCCGCGAUGCUGAGGCUGCGAAAUGAACAGAAGAGGAAUUUCAAUACACGUCUUGAAGUGCUCGAGAAGACGGUAGCGUUGUUAGUGCAGUGAGGAGGAGGUGGCGGCGCGACGGGAGGCUCCUCAACAAGGCUGGUGCGUCUGUCCGUCUGUCUCUCUGUCUGCGUGGGUAGCUGUCUCCCCUCCGGUGGUUCCCCUUUGUGCUGAGUUAGUUGCCGCCUCAUCGUGUGUGUCUUGACUCUACGUGAUUUGCUGCGGUUCCUGGAAGCUGUGUGCGUGUAUGUGUGCGUGUGUGUGUGAGUGUGUCGGUGCGUGUAAGUGUGUGCGUGUGUUUGACUUGGGCCACCUGCUCUAAUUACUGCCUCGUGUUGGGAUGUUGAACAGUAAACGGUGAGGCAGGAAAUUGUCUGGUGGUGCGUGUGUGUGUGUGUGUGUGUGUGUGUUGGGGAAGGAAGAAAGGUGUGCGUGUGUGUGUGCAUGCGUUUGUGUGGCGGUGCUAAAUCUAUUCGGUGGUGAUGCUCAGAGCCUUGUGAUGCUAACCAGAUGAAAAUUAAAGGGGGAGAAAGAGGACACUGAUAAACACGACAAAAGUGCUGAGGGACGAGAGCAGUGACUGGGAAUAAAGUCAACAUACACACGCGGGAAUUAGAAAGGCAAGGACAAGCAAUGCUGGUUCUGGACAGCGGCCACGGAGGAUGCAGGCAGGCAGGACUCCCGGACAUCAGUGGAACGAAGAGUAAAGAAACAAAGGAAGUCCGAUCAUGAUAAUUUAAGGUGAAGACGAAGCAGGAAGCAAGUAUAAACACAGACAGUUGGCAGAAGGAAAACAAUAAAGAAAUGAUAACUGAGAAAGAGAAUACGUAAAAUAGAAACAGAAUACAGAAACAAAGUGCAUACAGAGUGAAAUUAACAAAGUUGGGUGAAAGGUAAAGAACAGAAAAAGAAAUUAGACAGAAAAAUAGAGCAAAACAGCGAUAUGAACACGUGACGGAGGAAAGAGAGUGAAGCGUUACAAAGUCAAUAAGAAGCGAACACAAGAGCAGCAGCAUCGGGGGGGCGCCAUGCCAGCCAUCAGCGGCCCCAGCGAGGACCCGCUCUCCUACCCAGACCCUGAGCCAGACCCUGAUGUGGUGGGCGUGGGAGGACUAGGGGUGGGAGAAGGAGGGGGUGAGGGGGAGGACAUGCUCAUGGGGGAGAGGGAUGACCCUGGCUAUGAGUCAGACGGCCUUGACCUCAACCACAUUCGGACUGUGAUGUGGAAUCGCUUCAUGGAACAGUCGACCGUGAUCGUGAACGCCACGGACGACGGACAGAAGGUGCUGAGCUGCUUCGACCAGUUCAUCGCGUCCAUUCUGGAGUCAAAGGACGGCGGCCCGGCGGCGGGCUCCUGUCCGGUCAAGUUCGACGGCGUGUCCUGCUGGCCCCAGACGCCCCCCGGCACGCUGCGGAUCAUCCCCUGCUUCGACGUGUUCAACGGCGUCUAUUACGACCCCUCAGAAAACAACGCCACUCUUUACUGCUACGCGAAUGGGACGUGGUCAAGCCGAUCUUUCUACGACUACUGCCUCAACGCCAUUACCAACCCGCCGGGGACUCACGCGGGCACCUCCAUCAGCACCAUUCAGACAACCUUCUACGUGGGCAACUCUCUCAGCCUCGCCGCCGUGGCCUUGGCUCUCUGGAUCUUCAUCUCCUUCAAGGACUUGAGGUGUCUCCGCAACACCAUCCACACCAACCUGCUCUUCACCUACCUGCUGCACAACCUCUUCUGGAUCAUCUACGCCUCUGUCAAGGGUCUGGUGGCGUGGUCGGUGGGCUGCGGCUUCUUCGUCACCCUCAACUACUUCACACUCACUAACUUCAUGUGGAUGUUUGUUGAAGGAUUCUACCUCUACAUGCUGGUGGUCAAAACGUUCUCGGUGGAAAACAUCAAACUACGAGUCUAUAUACUCAUAGGAUGGGGUAUUCCCGUUCCUAUAGUAGCUUUGUGGGUUAUCCUGAAGUCACAGCUUGCCGCCAGCCACGAGGGGUCUGAGCUGGAAGUGGUGGCGAUGGCGGGGCAGGAGCUGGAGGGCCUUAUUAGAACAUGCCCCCCGAUGCCCGCGAGCCACUUCGACUGGCUUCACAAGGUGCCCGUCCUCGUGGUGCUAUCCCUCAACCUGCUCUUCCUGGCGCACAUCAUGUGGGUCCUCAUCACCAAGCUGCGGUCUGCCAACACGGUGGAGACGCAGAGGUACCGCAAGGCCACCAAGGCGCUGCUGGUGCUCAUCCCGCUGCUGGGCCUCACCUACAUGCUCCUUAUCGCACUCCCGCAAGAACUGGAGCAUGUGAGGGCCGUCCUUCUGUCCACGCAGGGCUUCUGGGUGGCGCUGUUCUUCUGCUUCGUGAACAGCGAGGUACAGAACAGCAUCAGACACCACAUAGAGAGGUGGAAGACUGCCCGCGGCCUGGCUGACCCCCGCUGCCACUCCGUCAGACACAGGGACGGCUCGCCACGCCCCAAGACAGGCUGCUCCAGUUACGGGCGACGGUUGUUCGGAGGCAAGAGGGAGUCCCUGUGUUCAGAAGUGACAACCAUGACUACGUAUGUCGCCAAUGGUUACCAGCCUGUCAGCACCCAGACCACCCACCAACAUCUCCACCAACACCGCCUCCUCCAACACGCUCCGCUCCCACAAGCCCAGCCGCCGAUACCCAUGGGACACCUCGCCUUCAGGAACUCCACAGCGGGCCUCAGUCAGUCCAGCGCAAGCGAGACGGACGGCAAGAUCAACGUCAAGGAUUCUCUGCUCUGAAGGACUCGCAGGAAAGAAGGACGUGACACUAGGACUUGUGCAUCGAGCUGUGUGUGUGUGUGUAUGUGCGUGUGUGGUUGUCUUUGGAGUGAGUACGUGCGUGUGUGUGUAAAUAUGUGUGUUUGGAAGGUACGUCUCUUAUUGUGACUUAUCUGUUUCUCGGUUUGGUUCUGAGCGUUCAUGCGGGCGUGUGUGUGUGUGUGUGUGUGUGUGUGUGUGUGUGUGUGUGUGUGUGUGUGUGUGUGUGUGUGUGUGUGUGUGUGUGUGUGUGUGUGUGUGUGUGUGUCGAGGCAGUGUAAGGAGAGAAAGGCGCGUGUAUGCGUAUGUCUGUCUUUCUGUCUGUCCGUGUGUCAAGGGGGGGGAGGAAGAUGCUACAAAUAACACGGCCAAUACAAGGAUAUCCACCCCAUACUGCAGAUCAAGAUGCUGUCUGGAAUUACCUCUACUGCUGCCACCACCACCACCACCACCACCACGACAGCUAGAAACUCAACGUUAAUGGCUGCCUACGUGACAGUAUGAGCGUGAGCGAAAAAGAAUCAUAAAGAAAAGAGUCACAGAGGCGGAAACUGAUACCAGGAUGAAGACAACAACGCCUGCAGUAGUGGUAGUGGUGGUGGUGGUGAUGUGGCCGACUGGCUUCACAGAGACGAGACAAAGAGAUGUAAAAGUGAAGCUCAACAGAGAGGCAGGGUGAGCGAGACAGAGUGAGAGACAGAGUAUAGUGAGGUGCACAAACACACACAAACACCCACGUACAUACGUACAGCGGGUCACCUCACACAAUCACUGGUGUGGCGCUCUCUGCACUGUGCAUCCCAAAGUGUAGAACCAGACCUGCGUCCCGCUGUACUGUGUGGUGCCAGGAGUCACGUGCACGUCAGCGGAGGCAACACACGCACACUGCAAUAUGCACCACACGGAGGCGGCGGAAAAAUGUGAGCAUUGUGUUCGUAGGUAAAGAGCGCCACGUGCAUGUGCCGGGAACUGACGCUUGGACUCCCACCAUGGCAGGCCGCCCACCAGCCUGCCAGUGCGGAGUGAACUGACCCACCCACAGAUCUCGCUGAUUCUCGAAAACUCUGCUCACUUCACCUCGCCUCCACAAGUCUGCCUUGCUCCGCCCCGAGGCUUAUCGCUCAAAGCCCACCAGCGAGCAGAUCACACGAGUGGCGGGGUGAGGCGCACUGCACGCCUUCCCACAUUCAUGGCUCAGGCUGUGUGUGUGUGUGUGUGUGUGUGUGUGUGUGUGUGUGUGUGUGUGUGUGUGUGUGUGUGAUGCUCUGAUAAUACUAUUGUUAAAGAAUCCUUGUGUCAAAACGUGUCCGUGCAGGGUGAGACGGAACACAACCACCGCCGCCGCCGCCACCACCGCUACCACCACCACCACGACGAAAGGACAGUCACUGAACUCAUCGAGACACAGAGGACGACACAAAGCAAUAUCCGGGAUCAGCGGUGCGGGCGAGAUGUUUCUUUCUCUUAUCCUGUGCAUGUGUUCCUAGGGACGCGGCAAGAUGAGUCCCCUCCCGCCCCACACUCCUCAGGCGAAGUGGCCGGCGUGUCACAAGCGAGCAGUUAUCACCACUCCUGACAAAGGCGCUGCACCCACUCGAGCACACCAGAAGGAGAAGGCAUUGAAGGCGCUUCUCAAGAUAGAAUAUAAUCUUGGUGCGUCAAUUAUCAUCAUCCGAGACACCGACAAGGAGAGGCGGCGCGGCGAGACAAGUGUGCCAUGCUCUGCUGCACUCACUCCCGCGCUUCCUUCGUCGAGAGCAAUGUAAUUAAGCACAAAAGGCGACGAGGCGGAGGUGAGUCCUACAGUAAAUCCCUCCUUCGCCUGCAACACAAGACAGGGACGCGGCGCCCGGCACACAGCGACAAGGCAAAUUGCUCGCUUCACUCACCGCCAGCAGAUUACUUCCUCGUAGCGCCACCAAGCCCUGCACGGAACGAGAAAUAGUCAUCCAACAAGCAACGGACGCGGCCACCACCACCAGAACCCGGGGACUGCAGCGGUGACCUGAGAGAAUAGUGCAACUGAACCGAGAGCUUGUGUUGUGCUGUGUUGCCGCGCCAGGGACCCUCCGAGAGACCUGUGCUGUGGUGUGCUGGUGUAUGUCAGCCUCCAGGACCUGCAGUUAUUAUCUCCACGUGUUACAAGCGCGAAUACAUCCUCCAGUACCCUGAUGCUGAUUAUAUAUUAAGGCUACUCACUCACUCAGUACUUGACGAGCCUAGGUACAUUGAUUAUUAUUAUUAUUUUUAUUAUUAUUAUUAUUAUUAUUAUUAUUAUUAUUAUUAUUAUUAUUAUUAUUAUUAUUAUUAUAAUUAUUAUUAUUAUUAUGUAGGUCUGGACUGAGGCGGAGGGCGAGUACAUACGUAGAGCUCAUACAUACAUACUACUAAUGAUAUGGCGUAUAAUACAUAUAUUUUUGUGUCGGGUAUAGGCUGUAUAUAUAUAAUGUAGGUUUAGGGAAAGAGAGACGACGUUUUCUUCCUGUACAUAGACACACCUGGUGCUGUUCAUGACCUCUUGUACGUAGCUGUGUGUGUGUGUGUGUGUGUGUGUGUGUGUGUGUGUGUGUGUGUGUGUGUGUGUGUGUGUGUGUGUGUGUGUGUGUGUGUGUGUGUGUGU